AUGAACUCGCAUUAUUUGAGUACAUCGCGCAACAAUCCUCAGCUUUACGCGUUUUCGCAGCUCUUUGAGUCAUCCGGCUACGUCGAUUUGCAGCCGGAGUGGAAGGAGCAGGUGCAGCAAACAGCUUGGCUUGAAUUCUGGCGACGUGAGGGGCACGAAUUGCUCGAGGUGAACUGGCACAGGCAACAUCCCGACUACAAGUUGGCAAUUGAGCUGGCCAGCGUUGAGGAGCGCGCAUCCUGGCAACAAUUGUGGGAGGAACACGCCUCCGAUCAGAGCGCAGUCUUCUGGCAUAUUUUUAGCUGUGCCCUCGAUAACUAUGAACAGGAUCUGAUAAAUGGACUGCGAGGCGUUGAGCAAUCCUUAAAAGAAAUAGAUGAGAACUUGACACACUUGUAUAUUGAGCGAAGCGAGAGCAGCGAUUCAGAGUCGCUCGACGAUGAGCAGCAGCAGCUAAGAUUGCUUGGCCUGCCUACGUCAUUUGGUGUACAAACUGAGAGGAUUAAGCAUAAAUCAAAGCGGCAACCUGCCAACGAAUCGGAAAGUGAAUGCGACGCCAAUUCACUUAAUAUGGACAACGAUAACAACGAGAUUCUGCACGCUGUGCAAACGCGGACCAUCAAGAAAACUAAAGACAAGAAGAAGAACAACAAAUCGAGAAUACCACAUUUUAUGAGAGACAAUGAGAAACCGUUGUUAAAGUAUUGGUUAAAGCGCUUUUCACUGUUUUCCCGCUUUGAUCAGGGCAUACAAUUGGAUCCAGAAAGUUGGUACUCUGUGACACCAGAAAAAGUUGCGAGGCAAACGGCCCGUCGACUGGCCUGCGAUGUCAUCGUGGAUGCCUUCUGCGGAUGCGGCGGCAACGCCAUACAAUUUGCCAAGACUUGCGGCCGGGUAAUCGCCAUUGACAUAGAUGCCGGUAAAUUGGCGAUGGCAAAGCAUAAUGCUGGCAUUUAUGGGGUGGCGCACAAGAUUGACUUUAUACAGGCGGAUUUCCUGCAGUUUGCCAGCAGCACCAGCUUGCGACCAGACGUAGUUUUCCUUAGUCCGCCGUGGGGUGGGCCGGAUUAUCUGAAGCAAGCCAAUUUUGAUAUUGAGCAGUGUCUGUUGCCGCUGGGCGCCAAACAGUUGAUUCAAUAUGCGCGACGUCUUACGAACAACAUUGGAUUCUUUCUGCCCCGCAACUCGAACCUUAAGCAGGUGAUUGCACUCACCCACCCGGGCCAGCAAUGCGAGAUGGAGUACAACUAUUUGAAUGUUCGUCUGGUUGCGAUAACAGCGUACUAUGGCGAUAGCUUGAUUAUUCCCAAAAAAUAAGUUUUAAAAUUAGUCUUAGCAUUUUAGUACCAAAAGUACAUAGGAACGAGUUAAAUUACUUACAUAAUAUCAAAUAAAAUAUAAUAUAAUGUAUAAA